AUGAUGUACAGUGCCGGUAAUGGCGGUAAUGGUAGUACGGGGACAGCGGGACCUCCUGCGAAACGCGCUCGGCGGCCGAAUUUUACUGAACGGGAAAUUGAAGCCCUGGUAGCGGGGUAUCAAGCGAAGAAAACAAUCAUCGAUGCCACUGGUGAUGGCCCACAAGGAUCCCUUGCGAAGAACAAGGCAUGGGAAGGGAUAACCGAGAGCGUCUUCGCUGUGUCAGGAAUCAAACGGACGACGGCAGAGGUUAAAAAAAAGUGGACGGACUACAAAAGCGCCAACAAGAAAAAAGGAGCAAGCGUUAUUCGCAGUCUCGGAAGGACUGGAGGUGGUGCCGCCGACGUGCCGCCCCUUACACCACUUGAGGAACGAGUGGUUGGCACUUUGGACGCGAGCACAGUUGCCGGCAUCGACGGCAGCUUCGACAUUGGGGUAGGAGGACCUAACGUCGUACUCGACUACGACGACACGCAGCGCAGGGGCUCCACCUCUUCUACUACUGGAUCAGUUUUGUCUGAUCCCGUUGAAGCACCUGAGGAAGAGGCAAGGGUGCACCAAACAGACACUGCUACGCCUUUGACUGCACAUCACAGAGGUGCUUCCCGUUCCACGUCGAGGGUCAGCAGCGCAGAGGACAUUGCACAAACCCAGCGAAAGAUUGAGGGACACCUUGCAGCACUAGUCGACAUAUUGGGCAGGAUUUUAGCCAUCCAAGAGUACAAAUAUGGUGUAAAGACGCUUCCUGCAGGAGCUGCCCAAGUAAACAACAGAAACAUAGAUGAAAAUGUUACAUUGUAA